CGACCCACUUUCUCUCUUCACCAACAAAGACUUAAUCUCUCUCUCUCUCUCUCUCUCAAUUAUAUUAUGGGGGCUCCUCAAGAUCUUCCCUCCUUUCUUGGCUGCGAACUGAGAAUCAGAAGAGCCAAAAACAUUGAGCUUAAGCCCAACACACAGCUCUUUGUGAGAUGUUAUCUCUCUGCGGGAAACGACAAGAGGAUUAGACUAGACAGCAAAGUGAUCUCUUCAAAAUCCGACUUAUUGUUCUUCAACCACUCCUUCUCCUUGGAGUGUUUAGCCUCCCAGGAGGCCACCCAAGCUCUCAUCCGUCAUGGAACCGUCGUUUUCGAGCUCCGUCGAAGAAGCGCCACUCCAUUUCUUGGCAACAUCUGCGGCUCACAUCUCCUGGGCAGAGCUGAGGUUCCAUGGAAAACCGUCUCUGAGGCCUCGGAGAUGGAGAUUGAGGAGUGGGUGAGCUUGGUUUCUGAUCGAAGACGCGUGCAUCAUCAAGAUGUUAAGCCACCCGCUCUGCAAGUGUCAAUAAAGGUUAAACUUCCGGUGGUGUCGCCUGGGAGCAGGGGGCGCCGGAGAUUGGCAAAGUGGGAUAAUGAUCACGAUGAGUGUGGAUGUAAGGAUGUUGGGUGCAAUUGUGCAGAUUAUGAUGUGUUUGCAUUAGCUGCAGCCAUGGAGGCCUUCUAGGGCCUGUGUGGCCUAGAUUAAUUAAUUUUGUUCCCUUUAUUUUUUCAUAUAUUGUUGUGUCAAUUGGACUUUUCAAUUGUACAUAUGGUGACGAACAUGAUGAUAUGAGUCUUAAUUAGAAAGUAAUGAAUCCAAUCCGCAAUCUAAGCAUUUGUGUUUCUAAUAAGGAUUGCAAUUUUGUAAUACAUGUCGCAGUGGGUUGUCGUCUAUUUCAGUUCCCACAUCGGACGAAUAGCGGAAGAGAGUAAAUAAGAAAUUGUAUAAAAAGGAGGGCCGAGCAAGAGGUAAAGCAUACCUUUCUCGGCCUUUUGGCUAAGAUCAAGUGUAGUAUCUGUUCUUAUCAGUUUAAUAUCUGAUACGUGGGCCAUCGGCCCACAUGAUAUUAAAUUAAUUUUUAGUGGGGGAGGGCCCGUCAAGGUAGCUUGCUGCCUGGGUCUUCGCGCGUCGCCCAAGCCUUACACUGCAGCCUGGGCCUGGCGCACCCCUC